AUGCACCACGACCAGUCCAUCUCGUCGCAGUCUAUGCAGCCCCCGCCCUCUCCAUCAAUACCAAUUGAUCCGGCACUGGCGCUCUACCCUCCGUACUACAACAACUACCAGCAACACCCAACCCAUAUCCCCCAGCACCUCUCUCUACCACCGAAUUACUCCUCUCCCUCCUCUCAAGGCUCCGACACCAUUGGCACCCCUCCGACAGAACAUAUGUAUCCAUCGUCUUCCAAUAUGAAUGGCAAACGACCUGCGUCAUCUCUGUCCAACAGCACCAUGAACGAUAGUCGGAAGAAACCCCGCAAGGACGACGAGUCCGACGUCACAAGUCCAGCGGCGGAGAAGGACGAGCCGACGGUCAAAGCCAAGCCCACUCGAGGGUCACGUGCGUGUACUGUAUGCCGCCGGCUUAAAAUGAAGUGUGUCGGGGCGGAACAGGGCCCCCCUUGCAAACGUUGCCAAACUGGAAACCAUGAAUGCAUAUUCGAGGAGUCUAACCGCGGAAAGAGGUCGUCCAAGAAACAUGAAAUCCUCACCCGUUCACUCCGGAAGAUGGAACGAACACUGGACACCGUCUUGCGGUCGAUCGGAAACCCGAGCAUCGCGUCGGGAAUGAUUUCCAGAUCACCGUCGCCUUCGGCGCAAAACAGCGGAACACAGGCGCUUCUUGCUCGAUCGCCAUCACCGCCACCGUCGACUUCGACUUACCCCAGCAAUUCACACCACCACCAUCACCACCCUCACCACCCUGGGUCGCCGAAACUCCACUCACUCCCUGAUAAUUCUCUGAAUCCGCUUGGGCUUCUCGCUGAGGCGAGCUUGGCUAACAGACGUGCUCAGACCAUCCAUGUUGGCGGCCUGGCGUCGGCACCAGAGGCCGAUGACGAGAGCCAGCCAAAGCUUGGAGUGGCAAGUGACAAUUAUUUCAAGCCAGGUCCUAUGACCAUUCUGCCCCUGCGGCGGUUAUACAUUGAGCGCCAAGUCCAGCCAGAAAUGCUGAGUUUCGUGUCGACUGAGGAAGUUGUUGCGUUAUUCAAUAUUUAUUUCGACCAUGUCCACAUGCACUGUAGUCUAUUGGACCGCAACUUUCACACUCCAUCGCUCGUAUGCUCGCGUUCGCCUUUUUUGUUAACAACAAUUUGUUCCAUAGCAAGCAAGUUUUACACUGCGAAGCCAGAACUCCAUCCAAAGCUGACAGAGCUCGCCAAGCGACUGGCGUUCAGCUGCCCCGCGAAGGGCUACAAGUCGGUGGAGAUCGUCCAGGCGUACCUGCUUCUUGCGCUUUAUGGCUGCGGCGCGGUUGAGCGGUACGAGCAGGACAAGACGUGGCUUCUGCUCGGCAUGGCCAUCAGGAUGGCGACGGACUUGAACCUGCACCGCAAGACAUCGAUUACGAGCCCAGAUACCGUAGAGGGUAAUGCUCGUGACGUCGAAGUGCAUAAUCGAGAGAGGACGUGGAUCAUGUGCUUCGUCCUUGAUCGUAGCUUCAGUGCACAGAUGGGAAAGCCUAGCUCGAUUAAGGAGGAUUACAUCAUACGCCACACAAGAGAGUUUUAUACCUCUCCUGUCGCGAACCCGUCGGACAUGUCGUUGUCGGCUUAUGCGGAAUUCCAACGGAUACUUGCGCGUAGCCUCGAGUUCCUCUACAGCGGCACCGAGACGCCGUCCGGCCUGCAGGUCAAUUGCGACUACCUGCUGGUGAUCAAGACCUUUGAGGCGCAGCUCAACGGCUGGAAAGAGCAAUGGACCGACCGUCAAAAUUGGGAGGGCGAAUCCCCACCGGCAGCCGAGUACAAGAACAUGAUCUCGCGGUUCUAUUUUAACUAUGCCAUGCUGGUCAUCAACUCGUUCGGCCUGCAGGACGCUCUGGAGAGGACGCCUGUUAAUAUUGGGUACUUCUUUGGCAGAGUCCACUCAUCGGCGCAUGCGUGUGCGCUCGUCGUCCGCGACGAGCUUGGCCCGAGGGGGUAUAUGAAGUACUCACCCGACUCGCACUUUGUGCAGAUGUCGUAUGCUGUGUUGAGUUUGUUGAAGCUUGUUCGUCCGCAGUUCCAGGCGUACUUGGACAAUGAGCAGAGUGCCUUGCAACUUGUCAAGGACGUCGCGGACACCCUUGACAGCAUCGCUGCCAACCCACUGCACACACCCGCACUCUAUAGCGGCUUCCUCCGUGCUCUUAUUUCGGCCAAGUUGGACCCACCAGCGACGCAUGUCCCGCCCUCCGCCAACGGUGAAGACAUCAACAAGCCCUCAGGUGAUGGCGGGCAAGGAUCCAGUGGUCCGCCUAGCAACCACGGUGGUGCGGCCGGCGGCAGCAACAGGAACGACAAUGCACACGAUGGCUCGCAGCCGUCGAGUGCAGGCUAUGGGCACCCAGCAGCGCCGCCGCAUUUUGGGCACGACGGCGGGUUCAUGAUGAACGGGUUCCAGUUCGAGAGCGAGAUGGGGCCGGUGGCGGAUAUAUCGACUUUCCCGCCGACGAUGGCUCCAAAUCCCAGUGAAGACACUAUGGGUGCGCUGACAAUGGAGAAUAUCUUGAGCAGUGGGUUCUGGGAUAGUAUGCUUGUUCCCGGCUACAACAGCAUGGAUGGCCUCAGUGGAGGCUUCGUCUUCGGUGCUGGAGGCAGUGGUCUCAUCACUCCGAGAUUCGGCGGCUCGCCUGCUCAAUCGGGUGCGAACACACCAGGUCGAGGACUAGGCAUCUAUCAUACCAUUACGCAGAACAGCAUCAACGCUGCCUUCGAUAACCAAAGGAAGGGAUCACCGAUCAAAAUCGAUUCAUGA